AUGGAAGGAGGAGGAGGAGUUAAUGGUGGUGGUGAUGGUAUUGGGUAUCAAAAUUACCAAACAAACCCUCCUAUAUGUCGACCCUCAUGCCCACCUUUCUCAGCCAUAGACAGGUUCUUGCGGGGUCAAAGCAGUCAUUUCUCAACUCAGAAGAACUACAAAGAAUCUGCUGUUUUUCUUAAUGGGUUCUCUUCUUCUUUUUCUAGUACUGGUGGUGGUGGUGGGAUUCUUUGGGAUUGUUUUCAAGAAACAAAUUUUCUUAAUGGGUUUUAUGGGGAUAGAGAGAGUCUUGACUGGCCGCAAGAGAGAAACCCUAAAGAAGAAGUGAGAGUUGGAUUGAAGAGUGGUUCAAAUAAAUGGGUAGGAAAGAGAGGUAAGAAAGGUUGUAAUGAACCUCUGAUCAAAGGACAAUGGACAGAUGAAGAAGACAGGAAACUAAUUAGGUUGGUGAAGCAAUAUGGAGUGAGAAAAUGGGCACAGAUUGCUGAAAUAUUUGUUGGUAGAGCUGGCAAACAGUGUCGAGAGAGAUGGCACAAUCAUUUGCGCCCAGAUAUCAAGAAAGAUAGCUGGAGUGAAGAGGAAGAGAGAGUACUAGUUGAAGCUCAUGCCCAAGUUGGCAACAGAUGGGCUGAGAUUGCAAAGAGAAUUCCAGGAAGAACUGAAAAUGCAAUCAAGAAUCACUGGAAUGCCACUAAGAGAAGACAGAAUUCCAGAAGAAAGAACAAGCAAUCGUCACAACCUGAUAACCAAAACAGCAACAACAAGCCUCAAUCAUCAAUUCUCCAAGACUACAUCAGAAGCAAGAACCUCAGCAAUAAUGCUUCCACCACCACCACCACCACCACCACCACUACCACCACCGCCUCCACCACUCCGGCCAGCUCUUCCGCUAUAUCCGAGGACCCGUCAAGCCAAUUCAACUACCUCCUCCCUGAACUAUCCGAACCAACCACUGAUGACUCUCCUCCACCAUUGAUUUCCCAAACAUGUGAUGAUGAACUCUACUUCAUGCAAAACUUCUUUGCUAAUAACAACCGGCUGCAGCCACCCACUCAUCAUGAUGAUCAUGAUGCUCUUGAUUUCUAUCAAAUCAACGGUGGUGAUUACAAUCUCAGCGAUACUAUACCUACUAUUCCAAACCCAAAUGUGAGUGCCAAUGUGGUUCAACAAGAAGACGAGACUCCAAGAACCCAUUUGUACUCGGACCUCUAUCUCUCUUACUUAUUGAAUGGUGAAACUUCUUCAUUGACUGCUUCACUUGAUUGUGGUGGCUACAUUAAUAAUGCUGCUGAUCAUGACAUGAACAUUGAUUUGGUGAUGGAUGAAACAGCUGCUGCUGCUUCAACUGGAACGAUAGAGAUGGACUUGAUAGAGAUGGUGUCUUAUUCUUCCCGGUUCUCUCAGGGAAGUAGUACUAACUCCAGUAUCUUCUGA